UGUCAAUUCUCAAUUGUCAAUUUUCCUCUCUCUGGGUAGCCAUUACCGCCUGGUAGCCAUUUGGCAAUUUCAUUGAUCAUUCAUCUAUUAGGGAUUUCAUAUUUGUCUCGUCAGAAUAAAUUACCUAAAAAUAAGUUCAAGCACUACUCAAGUGUAAAUUACCUAUCGAAGAGAAACAUGUCUGAUGAAAAGGAUGAGCCCCUGCCUGAAGGAUGGGAAAUGAGAAAAAGUAGGUCUACCGGCAUGGCUUAUUUUCUUAAUACGUACACAAAACAAUCGCAAUGGGAGCGCCCAGAUGCUCUGGCAGAUCCUGGUGAUGUUCGUUGCAGCCACAUUUUGGUGAAGCACGCACAGAGCCGGCGCCCUUCAUCGUGGCGAGAGGAAAACAUUACUCGCAGUAAAGAGGAAGCAUUAGAGAUUCUCGAAAAUUAUAGAAAGCAAAUUGUUGCCGAAGAAGCUACUUUCUCCGAUAUUGCAUCAAAGUACUCUGAUUGCUCUUCAGCUAAGCGUGGUGGCGACUUAGGCAUGUUUGGACAUGGACAAAUGCAGAAACCAUUUGAAGAGGAAGCAUUCAAAUUGAAGAUUGGGCAAUUGAGCAAGCCUGUUGAAACAGAUUCAGGAGUACAUAUUAUUCUUAGAACUGCUUAAAUUGAUUAUUUUUCAUUUGCCUAAUCUUUGUAUUUGGUUCAAUUAUCUAUUUAUAAGCAGUUGAUAAGUCAUAAGAUAAAACUUUUUAAGCAUAAUAAACUAGCUUACAAGAUA